AUGGCUAGUCGUAGUAGCACUAGACUUUUGGCUUUCGCCUUCAUUGUCCUCUUCAGCGUCGGGCUCACCUCUGCCGCUAGAUCCCUCACCGGAAUCAGUGGUGGAGGUGGCGGUGGACGUGGUGGUGGUGGCGGCGGCGGUUAUAGCGGUGGUUCUGGAUCCGGUUACGGUGAGGGAUAUGGUGAGGGAUACGGUGAGGGAUAUGGUGAGGGAGUUGGUGGAGGAUACGGGAAGGGUGGCGGAGGUGGCGGAG